AAAAAACUAUUUCUAUUAUAAAUGCAAUGUUGACAGGGUAUAUAAGUCCGUAACACAAUUAAUAAGCAUAAUACAAAGUACAACCAUGGGUAAAUUAACAUUGUUACUAGUAUUAGGUGUAUGCAUAGCCGGGUCGCUGCAAUCGCCGCGCGGUUUCCGCAAUGUUGACCACUUAAUUGAAUACAUAAACAACGCCAACACUACAUGGAAGGCGGGCAAAAACUUUGACGACUCGUAUUCACUGGAGUACGUGAGGGGACUGAUGGGUGUCCGACGCCCGGAGGGGGCACUGGAUUACGUGGAGAGUGCGGCGCCCGUCUACUCAGGCGUUGACAUACCCGACGAGUUUGACCCGCGAGUCCAAUGGCCCGAAUGCAAGUCACUGUCGGAGAUCAGAGAUCAGGGCUCCUGUGGCGGGUGUUGGGCCUUCUCGUCAGUCGAGGCCAUGACUGACCGGCUGUGCAUCGCAUCGAAGGGCAAACAACAGGUGGAGCUGUCGGGCGAGGAUAUGGUG